AUGAGCAAGCUGUGGGAGGUCGAUCCGGAGACCCGCAGCAAAUUGCAGGAUAUCUCCAAGACCAACGAGAACAACAGAUGCGUAGACUGCGGCGCUCCGAGUCCUCAAUGGGUACAUAUCACCUGGUCUCGUGCCCAAGGGGUCGCAACAGUAUACUGAUAGUGUCGUCUACCAGGCCUCCCCGAAAUUCGGCAUAUUCUUCUGCCUGGCAUGCUCAGGCAUUCAUCGCUCCCUGGGAGUGCACAUCUCCUUCGUGCGGUCGGUGACAAUGGACGCCUUCAAGACCGCUGAGGUCAAGCGCAUGGAGUUGGGCGGGAACAAGCCGUGGAAAGAGUUCUUCAAUGCACAUGCGAGCAAUAAGGCGAUCGGGCGGGACUUCGACGGCUGUACCAUCUCUGAAAGAUAUGAUAGCGACGCGGGCGAGGAGUGGAAGGAUAGGUUGACAUCCAAGGUGGAGGGCACGGAAUAUGUGCCAGGCUCCUCGAAGAAGGCAGUGCCUGCGGGCAUGACAACCUCAUCUACACCUGCUGGCUCGGGCAGGAAUACGCCGCUAUCGAACGUCCGAUCACCGCCGCAGCGGACGGCAUCUCCUUCGCAGAAACAGCGGAAUGAAGACUACUUCGCGAGGAUGGGAGCGGACAACGCGAACAGAUCGGACAGCCUCCCGCCGUCACAAGGUGGAAAGUACGGCGGAUUUGGAUCGUCGCCUCUACCUACCAACAACUCGUCGGGCGGAGUUCCAUCAGCGGACGACUUCCAGAAAGACCCCAUGGCAGCACUCACCAAGGGCUUCGGCUGGCUAUCGAGCACCGUCACGAAGCAAGCUGCCAACGUGAACAAGUCAUACAUCCAGCCGGGUAUGAAGAAUUUCCAAGAGGGAGACUUUGCAGCGCAGGCACGAUCAGCGGCAAUGAAUUUGGGAAAUACAGUACAACAAGGAACGAAGGGGCUCGGAGACCAAUUCAAUAGAUUUGUCGAUCCCGAGCAUAGCACCACCGGUCAGCGUGGUGCUGGUCCAGAGAAGAAGGAUUUCUGGGAUGGCUUUGGGCAAGAUCCCUCGGGACCGCCGAAGGAGAAGAAGGACUUCUGGGAUGACUUUGCGGCUGCUGGACAAUCGGCGAGCCAGCAGAAACCGAAAGCCACAAAUCUAGGGACGAGCGCUAUGAAGACUUCUAGCGGUGGAGGCGGAGCAGGUGCUGCUAAGAAAGACGAAGACGGCUGGGGCGAUUGGUAG